AUGCGAACAGAGCAGCCGACAGCAAAGCUCCGCUGCUCUCCCUCCGCCCUCAGCCUGCUGCGGCUCCUCCGCUCCCGCUUCUGCCCUCGCCGGGGCCGCAGCUCCUCGGGCGCUGCGCAAGGGGUCCGUGGCUGGAGUGGCUGCCAGCAAAGGCAGGAACCUCGCCGGCAGCCGGUCCGGGGCCGCCUCCCGCUCGCCACCAGGCGGCGCUCAGCUCAGCCCGGCCGCGGGGCCCGCCCGGGACGUCAGGAGGCGGCGCCGGGCGCGGAGAUGGCUGCGGUGCGCCGAGUGCUGCUGCUCGGGGAGGGCAACUUCUCCUUCGCCGCCUCUCUGUGCGGGGCCGCAGGGACCUGCCUGGUGGCCACUUGCUACGAGAGCGAGGAGGAGGCGUGCGGGAGGGGGGGAGCGGCGGAGAACAUCUGCCGGCUGCGGGAAGGAGGAGCAGAAGUUCUGUUUUCUGUGGACUGUACCAAGCUGAAGGACUACUUUUUGCCAGAGAAAAGAGGAUUUGAUUGUAUUUAUUUCAACUUCCCUCACUGUGGGAGGAAGGCUGGGGUGGUGAAGAACAGAGAGCUUCUGGCACGCUUCUUCCACAGCUCUGCAGAAGUGCUGACAGAGGAAGGAGAGAUCCACGUUGCUCUUUGCAAUGGACAAGGUGGGACACCUGCUGAUCAGCCAAGGAGAGAGUGGCACAACAGCUGGCAAGUAGUGGCUGUGGCAGCAGGAGCUGGAUUCAUCCUGAGUAAUGUUCAUCCUUUUGAAGCAGAAACUAUCCACGGAUACAAGUGUACAGGGUACAGGAGCCAAGAUAAAUCUUUCUGCAUAAGGGGUGCUUUGAACCACGUUUUCACACGAAGCAAACCACUGCCAUGUUUGAAGCCUGUGAGCUGUCAGAUAGAGCUGGAGAAAAGAAAAGUUUCUUUCCAAGUACCACAAGUACUGGUGGAUAAAUUUAACAGGGGUUUCCUGGAGCCGAGUUCCACUCAUCCAGUGCAGACAAUAAAGGAGAAGCUCACAGCAAAGCUCAGCCAAGCCUUUCCAUUACAGGACACCGACUGCUGCCUUCCUCUGCUCCACCAAGGUCACCUCAACUCUGCUUGCCACUCAAAUGUCUUUUGGGUCACUCUGAGCCCAGAGGAGACUCCAAGCACUGAAGAAGUGCCUAAUGGAUUGGCUAAUGCAGUUUUGUCUCCCCAUGCUGAUUUUUGCAGGGACAGAGAUAAGAAUGGCUGGGGGAAUGCACAAGAGGGACACCACACCUCACACCAGUACUGCCUUAGACCUUCCCUUCUCCCUUAUGCUCAGGCAGCAAUUCAAAGAGAAGCCUUUCUACCAGGGACACUUCAUGUUCUUUCUGGCCCUGUUUUCAGGAGGUGUCUUAUCACUCCUUCCUCCAUGCCUGUUUUUCAUGAGGUGGUUUUUGCAUGUGCAGUCGACAGGGGUACAGAGAACAGCUGCAUCCAGAUGCUGGUGAAGAACAUGAAAUCAAGCAUACAGGCUCUCCACCAGACUGUUUCCAGCUUUGAACUGAGUGUCAGUCUGGAGGAAGCAACAAGCUUUGCCACGGCUGAGCUGAGUGACUUUGCUGCCUUUGAAUCUCAGCUUAGUGAUAUCGAUUACCUCCUUUCUGUGGAGAGAGAAACUUCAAGCUCCUGUGUGGGAAUUGUAAGAACAGAUCAUUACACCCUGGCAAGCAGUGAGCUGGUUGCUGUCUUUGCUUCACUGAACCUUGACCUCCUGGCCAUGCUGACCUGUGGAAUAGCUGACUGGAGAAUGCUCUGGACAUCAGACACAAGGUUCCUCUGCCAGUUUCCCAGAGGGGAGUUAAGGCUUUUCAAGGCUUUUUCUUUAUAUCCACCCUCCUACGUGCACGAUGUCAGCUUUUGGGUUCCUGAGGGGGAGCAGUUCGAUGAAGUUGCUUUUCACACCAUUGCUAGGCAGGUGUCAGGUGAAAUGGUCACAUCCAUCCGGUUACUGGACAGCUUCCAGCAGCCAGAGACGGGUCGGAAGAGCCUCUGCUACAGGCUGACGUUUCAGUCCUGCGACAAAGCCCUGAGCUGCCAGGAGGUGGCAGAGAUGCAGCUGCUGCUGCGGGAGGAGAUAGAGCAGCGCCUGGCUGUGACCCUGCGCUAGAGCCUUGCGGGUUGUCUCCAGUGGCUUGGUGCUGAGCUGGGAAAUGUGGCCCUGACCUCGUGGGAGCUAAGGCUGUGUUCUAGCAGUGCCUCUUACAAAGGCAGGAGGACUCCAAGGGCCUGCACACGUUCUCAAGAGGGAACUGCUGUUAAUGCAGGGCAAGCCCCUUCUGCUCUGUGCCAUGAAACCUCACAGUGCAGAGCAGAGCUGGGCCAGGGCCGGUGAGACUGGACCUGACCUCCUUGCUGCUGCCAGUUCACCUUGCUUCUGCCCACUGCCUUCAGUGCUGGCACCUGUGCCCAGUACACUGGCAGAGGGAGGCUCUUUUCUAUUUGCAAAGGACCCUGCACAGCCUGAGCCCAGAGGGGCUGGGGUCCAGGGAGCUCUGUUUCUCCCUCGGGUGUGGAGAUGCCAGUUCAAACUCUGCUUACAGUGCUGCCAGGCUCCGGGCAGCCAAAGGAGCAGAGUGGCAAAAGGCCAACGACAGCAGAAGCAGAGACCAAGCCCUGCUUACAGGGAGGUCACCCAGCACACAGCCAGCCAGGGCACCCUAAAGGUGCUGGCAAAGAUCAUGCGUGGUCAGGGAGCUCUCUUUGCCCGGAGUGCCCUUCCUUUUCCUCCACUCUCUUGGACAUCCUCCGCUCCUCUUCCCUCUCGCAUUUGCCUCCUGGUGCCACAUGCUGGAAGCUUCCUCCGUGUGCUCCAGCAGCCUCCACAAAGGUCAGGUCCGAGGAACCACAGCCCCCCGGCAGCAGCUGUCCCCAGCACCACCCGACCCCCGGAGGUGCCUCUGCCCGGCACCACCCGAGCCCCGACGGCUUCCACAUCUACCCUUAAGCAUCCAUGGCGUGUGGAAGGAAGAUGCUCCUCCUCUGCCUCCAGCCAGCUUCUCUCCCUGCCCCAUUCCCAGCUCUUCAGUGCCGGCGGUACCCAAUAAAGUGCUCUGGCAGCGGCGUGUGCCACA